CGCGGACGCAGCUGGACUAUGGACCCUCCUCAACAGUCCCUUUCUUGAAGGCGAGAACGAAGGCACUCCCGUCCUCGCGCUCCCGCGGCCAAGAGGUCCAACGGCACCCGCCGUCAGUUCGGAGCAUGUGUCCGUCUGCAAGCAAGCUCUCCGGUCUCCCUCACCCGCUCUCCAGAAUAUAACGCACUUUGGCAGCGAAGAGCUCCGCCCCCACACAGCCAUGGGCUCCCCGGGUCAGAUCCUGCAGGCCCACCGGGACAGCCUGCUGCUGUGGACCAAGCCCAACCCCGCCCCGCUGCUGCGCUGGCUGCGGGACGACGGCGUCCUGUCCCACGCGCAGUACCUCUCCCUGCUGGAGCGGUCGCCGAGCAACGCGGUGGCGGCGGCGCUGGAGGCGGUGCGCGGGCGGGAGGAGGCCAGCCGAGGGUUCCUGGAGGUGCUGAGGGAGGUGCAGGGCUACUACUGCGAGGAGCUGCAGGCCUGGGCGGAGCGACACUGCGGGGGCGCCGUCCCGGACCGGACCGCCGAGCCGGCGCCCGUCUGCGAGGAAGAGAAAAAGAAAGAAAAGGGCUCGUUUGCAAAGAUUUUCAAAUCCAAAUGCAAAGGGUUCAAAGUUCCACAGGAAAAAAAAGGAGCUAUACCGGACAGCAAGCUGAAGCCUCGACUGAGUGUCAAGCAGUCUAACCUGAGAGUUCCUCUAAUGGCCCACAAAAAGACUCUCCUAAAUCAGACAGAGAGGCUCACGUCCCACUCAGAAGGCGGAGGGAUGGUUUCCAAUUCCCACUCCCACAUUGAGAUCCGCUACACCGACCUCUUUGUAACCGAGGACAACGAGGAAUUCGAGAGCAGCCAGCACGAAUACUUCAGCCUGGCCAGCCGUCGGGCGAGGAUCUACGCCCACCAGGACUGCCAGCGCAUCCAGCCGUGCCACCUCCUGAGCAAGCAGCGAGCCACGGGCUGCCCCCCAAAGCGGGUGAAGGUGAAGGGCAUCGCCGGGAUCGGGAAGAGCGUGGCCAUGCAGCGCAUCGUCUACGAGUGGGCGCUGGGCAAGACCAUGCGAGACUUCGUCUGCGUGUUCGACUUGCGAUUCCGUGAGCUCAACCUGGUCACCGGGCCCGUCAGCCUGUCGGGCCUGCUGGGGUCCAGGUUCCGGUACCUGGCCCCCGUCCUGCCCCAGCUGCUGGGAUCCACAGGCUCCCUCCUCUUCAUCCUGGACGGGCUGGACGAGUUCAAGCACAGGCUGGACUGGGACGCCCCGGAAAGGGCCAUCGGGGUAGACUCAGAGGUGCCCGUGUCGGAACUGGUGGUGGCCCUGGUGAAGGGCAGCCUCCUGCCCGAGGUCUCGGUCAUCCUUACCUCCAGACCCUCCACCGACGCCCCCAAAAGGUUUUUCCAGAGGUGCUGCGUGGUCCUGGGGUUCGAGGAGGCCCAGGUAGAAGAAUACACCUCAAAGUUCUUCAAGGACACCCCGGUCGCCUCCAGGGUCUACGGCUACAUCGUGGGCAAUGACAGCCUCUUCGUCCUGUCAUUCAUCCCCCUCUACUGCUACAUCAUCUGCACAGCUUUAGCUGAGUUUUUCACUGGGGGGAGAGAGAACGGGCAUGGUGGAGAAGGCGGGGACAGGGAUGGCUCACAGUCACUGGAGCUCAACCCUCCCCGUACCGUCAGCGAGGUCUACUACUGCUACCUGUACACUGCCAUCAAGCACCACGCGCUGAGAGGCACAAGCAACAGCAGCGUCUCCAAAUCAGAAGUGUUCUCCAUCGUCAGGGCCCAGCUGACCAGCCUGGGCAAGCUGGCCUACGAAAACCUCCUGAGGAGCAAGAUAAUGUUCGACCGGGCGGACCUGGAGAGCUUUGGACUGGAGCCCAGGGAGGUGCGUAGCACCUUCCUUAGCCAAAUCCUGGUUUCUGUGGAGGAGGAGAAGGUGGAGAUGUUUGCAUUCUUCCACCUGACAGUCCAGGAACAUCUGGCCGCCCUGUACUGUGCUGUCAAUCUCUCCAGCCCAGAGCACAUCCUCGGAGGGCUUGAGUUCUGGUGCUUUGGGCAGCCCCUCCCCUCUACGGCCCCUCCUCUCCUCCUGGCUCCGGACUUCCGCUCGGACCAGACCAGGGUGGAGAACCUGCAGAUGUUCACCAGGUUCUUCAUGGGGCUGGUCAGGGCUCGGCUGGGUAACCAGUUGACCGGAAUGGAGCCAGUCCCCCUGGACAAGGAGGAUCUCCUAUCCCAGCUGGGGGUUUGGUUCAAAACCCAGUUCAAGGGCAGGGAACUGUCGAACCAGACGGCCCUCAACCUCCUCCACUGCCUGACAGAGCUGCACAUGGAGGAGGUGGCCAAGGCGGUGGCCCCGGAGAUCAAGAGUCUCAACCUGUUCAAGAUGAAGCUGAGCGUGGUGGACUGUGCCGCCCUGUACUAUGUGCUGCGGUUCUCUCCCCAUCGCCUGGAGGAGCUCAACCUGGGCUACUCCAACAUCGGGAACCGCGGCCUACGCAGGCUGGGGCCCAUCCUGCACCGCUGCGAGAGCCUCUAUUUACGCUACAACUGUCUGGACCGGGAUGCGGCCAUUUUGGAAUCUGCGAUUCUGAAAUCGGGGGACUGUCAGGUGAAGAAGCUGUUCAUGUGCGGGAAUAGCCUGGGUUCGGAGGGGGUCCGAGAGCUGUGGCUCGCCCUGGAGGAGAACUCCACGGUGGAGGAGCUGUACCUGGACAUCACCGGCAUCACCGAGGGAGGAACCGAGAACAUGGUCAACUGCCUGAGCAAGAACUCCGCCCUGAAGACCCUCACGUUGGUGGGGAACGAGAUCGGCGAGGCUGGGAAGGACAGGCUGAGGGAGCUGAGGCGUCUCAGGCCGGGGCUCCGCGUCAUUGGGAACUUUGUGGACGACCUGGGCCUGCUGCAGGCCUACCUGGACUGGGUGGAGGAGCUCCGGGCCGACCGGGACCAGAUGGACUCCGUGAGGAACGUUGACGCGCUGCAGUCCGUGCUGAAGGGUCUGAGAGUGGCGGGGGCGCACGGGGAGGGGCAGAAUGUGCAGAAAGCCAAGGAACUGGAGACCAAGAUCCUCCAGCUCCUGGAGACCCCCACUUAGCUUACAGCAGACUGGUGAUAAAUACACAUAUACACACACACACACACACACACACACACACACUUACACACACAGACACACUUACACACACACCUACACACACACACGCA